AUGCAGCGGGCUGUGGGCAGGCCAGUGGCAGAGCCGGGCUUUUGUGCUGCACCGGUAGGCAGGAUGGGUUGCAGAUGCUGCUGGGCCCUCUGGCUGCUGCUCCUGCUCACGGCCACCUGCGCCAGGCUCCUCUUCUGCUGGUACUCGGGAGCUUGGCCGGAGUCCGGAGCUUGGACCUCGGGGCCUGCGAGACAGGAGGCCUGCCCGCGCCCGCUGGCCCUGGCACUGCAGCAACACGCGCAUUUCGGGGGGCUCUUCAACCUGUCCAUCCCGGUGCUGCUGUGGGACGGCCUCCUCACCCCGGAGCUCUGGGACCGCCUGAGCCACGUUAAAGCCCCCUACGGCUGGCAUGGGGUCCCCCGCGAAGCCAUCACCUCCACCCUGAGCCUUCUGAAUGGCUCGGAGAGCGCGGAGCUGUUGGCGGAGUCCCACGAGCCGCGUGGGCCUUGGCCUUGCAUUCGGUGUGCGGUGGUGGGCAACGGAGGCAUCUUGAAAGGCUCCGGCCAGGGCCGCCUCAUCGAUGCCCACGACUAUGUCUUCAGACUCAAUGGUGCUGUGAUCAAAGGCUUCGAGGAUGACGUGGGCACCAAGACCUCCUUCUACGGCUUCACUGUGAACACGAUGAAGAAUUCCCUCAUCAACUACAGGGAUCUGGGCUUCACCUCCGUCCCACAAGGACAAGGCAUGCGUUACAUCUUCAUCCCUUCAAACACCCGUGACUAUGUGAUGCUGCGAUCAGCUAUUUUGGGUGUGCCUGUCCCUGAGGGUCCUGACAAAGGGGACCUGCCUCAGGCCUAUUUCGGACCAGAUGUCCAUGCAGGUAAAUUCAAGCUACUACAUCCAAACUUCAUCCUCUACCUGACAGAGAAGUUUUUGAAUUCGAGUGUUCUUAACACCUAUGCUCAAGACAUAUAUAUGCCUAGUACAGGGGCCCUGGUUCUGCUGACAGCUUUGCAUACCUGUGACCAGGUUAGUGCCUAUGGAUUUAUCACAAAAAACUACUGGAAAUUUUCUAACCACUAUUUUGAACGAAGAAAGGAGCCACUGAAAUUUUAUAUAAAUCAUGAUCUGCGUCUUGAGGCCACUCUGUGGAGGGACCUGCACAAGGCUGGCAUCGUUCAGCUGUACCAGCACUGA